ACGAUAAGCCAGAAUCUAAAGCAAAGCAAAGAUGGCUGAAUCGGUUAAACUCAUCGGCACAUUGGGCAGCCCAUUCGUCCACCGCGCCGAGGCUGCCCUGCGGCUCAAAGGGGUGCCCUACGAGCUGGUCCUGGAAGAUCUCCAGAGCAAGAGCGACCUGCUGCUGAAGCACAACCCCAUCCACCAGAAGGUGCCUGUGCUCGUCCAUGGUGACCGGGCCAUCUGCGAGUCCCUCCUCAUCAUGGAGUACGUCGACGAGGCCUUCGACGGACCGCCUCUCCUGCCGGCUGAUCCCUACGACCGUGCCAUGGCCCGUUUCUGGGCUCAGUUCCUGGAACAAAAGUGCUCGAGGCCGUUCUGGCUGGCCUUGUGGCUGGACGCCGGCGAGGAGCAGAAGGGGUUCGUGAAGGAGACGAAGGAGAACCUGGCGCUGCUGGAAGGGCAGCUCCAGGGGAAGAGGUUCUUUGGCGGCGACUCCAUUGGCUACGUCGACGUCGCUGCCUGCGGGCCGGCUCACUGGAUCUACGCGUUUGAGGAGGUGACCGGAAUGAGCUUGAUGGGUGAUGAGAACGAGUUCCCUGCUCUGCGCCGCUGGGGAAAGGAGUAUACCGAGAAUGAAACCGUGAAGGAGUGCCUGCCGCCGAGGGAGCAACUGGUCGGCUUCUUCAGCGCGAACAAGGACAAAUACAAGAUGAUUGCCAAGGCUAUGCUCCAUCAGUAGUAGCAACUCGAUGGUGCGAUGCACUGUGCCACUAUAAAUAUUUAUGCAUGUUGUGUGCUAGAAUAAAAUUUGUGGAAUGGUGACUAUAAUCUACUGCUACUGGGAUGUAUUCUUGUGUGUGUGUGUGUGAUAUCGAAAAAUAUAUGAGUGCUUAAUAUUGGUACUA